AUGCCUCAACUUCGUCGGCUCAUCGCGCUGUUGGCGGCCUUUCCCUUGUUGUCGAGGGCCCUCCCUGCAACGAAAUAUGUUGAGACCACGCCCUUACCGCUAGUAAUCUGGCAUGGGCUAGGAGAUAGCUACCAGGCUGACGGGAUUAUGGAAGUGGCACAGCUUGCUGAGGAGGUUAAUCCGGGCACAUAUGUGUACAUAAUCCAUUUGGAUGAUUCGGACAAUGGGGAUCGACAGGCUACCUUUUUCGGUAAUGUUACAGAACAAAUCACCCAAGUCUGCGAGCAACUGGCAUCCGAGCCUAUUUUAAGCACAGCACCAGCCGUUAAUGCUUUGGGCUUCUCCCAAGGGGGUCAGUUUCUGAGAGCUUUUGUUGAAAAGUGCAACUUUCCCCAGGUGCACAAUUUAGUAACGAUGGGAAGUCAGCACAACGGCAUUUUCAAGUUUCAGUCUUGUGACAGCUCUGGAGACUGGGUUUGCCGCGGUGCAGAGGCUUUGUUACGGUUCGGACGAUGGUCUGACUUUGUACAAUCUCGGUUGGUGCCUGCGCAAUAUUUCCGUGAUUCCAACGAGUACGAUUCAUACUUGAAACACAGUAACUUUCUCGCCGACAUUAAUAAUGAAAGGGAGGAGAAAAAUGAGGCCUACAAAUCCAACCUGUUGUCCUUAAACCGCUUUGGCAUGUUCAUGUUUGCGAACGACACAGUGGCUGUUCCCAAAGAAAGUGCGUGGUUUGCUGAAGUCAAUCAAUUGAGUGGUGAAAUAACAACUCUACGGGAACGCUCGCUAUACACGGAAGAUUGGCUAGGCUUGCGUGCAUUAGACGAACAAGGGAAGCUUGACUUUGAGACUAUCCCAGGUCAACACAUGGAGCUGACUGAUAAGCUCUUGACCGAUGUUUUUACGGAGUAUUUUGGUCCGGUUGAGGUUCCAGAUGAUGUGGCAGCUCUCCCUCCAUCGUUGGUCAAGCAAGGCAUGUAG